CGCAGAUAAGCUUCAGAGAACGGGGCAGGUACAAGCAUCCUUUCCUCCAAGAGCUCCGCCCAUAUGAAUAUAAUUUAUAGUGUUGCCGUUGCAUUGAUGAUCUUUCGAGACUGAUUGAUUUCAAAACUCAAAGAGGUUUCGAGUUUCAGAGUUUUUGACUGCUUACGGUGCUGUGGCUACCUGCGGCGCGUCUGGAUAUGAACCCUGAAGCUGAUUACGGGUUGUCGGUGAGCAGCGGGAACGGGAAGCUCCGGCAGUGGCUCAUAGAGCAGGUGGACUGCGGGAAAUAUCCUGGGCUAGUCUGGGAGAACGACGAAAAGUCCAUCUUCAGGAUACCGUGGAAGCACGCAGGCAAGCAGGAUUACAACCGGGACGAGGAUGCCGCACUCUUCAAGGCUUGGGCGCUAUUCAAGGGCAAGUAUCGAGAGGGUAUAGACAAGCCGGACCCACCGACUUGGAAGACAAGGCUGCGUUGCGCGCUCAACAAGAGUAACGACUUUGAAGAGCUCGUGCACCGCAGCCAGCUGGACAUCUCUGAUCCGUACAAAGUUUACCGCAUCAUUCCAGAGGGCGCCAAGAAAAGACCCAGGCAGGACCAGAGUGGCAGCCCUUUGAGUCCUAUGAGUUACCCUAUGUACCCCUCCUACCCUGCCAUACAGCCUCAGUUGCCGCCGGGCUACAUGACCCCAGCCGAGCGGAGUCACUGGAGGGAGUACCUUCCGGAACAGGCCUCUCUACCAGACCUCCCCUACGCCCAGUGCCCCCACCCUCCUCGCAGCCUGCCCUGGCAGGGUUCAGCCAUGGACAACGGUUACCAGUUCACAGGGUCUUUCUACUCCUAUAGUGCCACUGACCAGACCUCUCCAUUUGCUCCAGAUGGGGGUAUCAGGACAGCCGAAACACUCUCAGAUUUCCGCCUGCACGUGUCCGUGUUCUACUGCGACUCCCUGGUGAGGGAGGUGACCACCUCCAGCCCCUCAGGCUGCCACAUCACCCCCUGCUCCCCCGACGAGAAGCCCUACUCCCCCCCCGGGGCUCCUGAGCUGGUGCUCCUGCCCCUGGACAGCCUGUCGGCCCAGAGGAGGGGAGACGACUGCCCGCCGAGCCCCCCGGCUGCCCUGGAGAGGGGGGUGCUGCUGUGGAUGACCCCGGAUGGGCUGUACGCCUGCCGGCUGUGCCCGGAACAAGUGUUCUGGGAGGGGGGGCCCUCGCCGUACGGAGACAAACCCAACAAGCUGGAAAGAGAACACACCUGCAAACUGCUCAACACACAGGACUACCUCACAGAGCUCCAGAGUUACAACCUCCACGGUCGGCCCCUGCCUCGCUUCCAGGUGCUGCUCAGCUUCGGAGACGAGUGUCUGGACCCCCAGACCCAGAGACGGACCCUCACAGUCCAGGUGGAGCCCAUGUUUGCCAGGCAGCUGCGUUACUACGCCGGGGGUCAUCACCACGUCCGUGCCUACGACCUCCAGGGGUUCACUGAGAGCGGCGCGGCCCCGACAGAGGCCUUCCAGCGGGUCAUCACAGCACACCAUCACAGCGGCGCUCUGCAGGACUGAGCCCAAGGUGGCGGACUUUGGUGUCGGCUCGCGUGGGUGGGGAGAAGGGGGGGGGUAGUCCCAACUAGGCUGGACCAACUGGGCUCAAGACUGAACUCGGCUGAACUCUGAAAUGUGGUCACAAACUGAACUUUGUGUGUGUGUGGUUGACUUAAAAGUGACUUUGGAUUCAACUUUAUUUUAUUCUCAGGGGUGUCAGUACUGACUGGUGACAUUCACCGACAAGAAUGGAACAGACAGCUCUAGUGAUUGUAUAGUAGGCUAGAUACGUAUAUUGGAGACCAAUAAAAUAGGUUUUUACUCUAGGACUGCUGUAGAAAGAUUUCUAGUUUUUUGUAAUUCACUAUUUUUUACAAAUACUUGUCCUUCAAGAUAUUGUUGUUUUAAUAGAGCAUUUAGUCUAUAAGUAGUAUUAUUCUGAGUUUUAUAAUUAGCAUUGUUCAUGAAAAAAUGAAUACAAAGUUUAUAGAAGCCAAAACUAUCCAGUGGCAGAAUGUGGCUGGAUUACACAGUUACUGAGAUACCAUACCUUAGAUAAGCUCUGCCCAUAUGCACUGACCAAUGCUAUGUUUUGUAAUUUAAGUAAAAUAACAAUACUGUAAUUUAAAUACUGUAAAUGAUAAUUUCAGUCGAAUAAAGAUAUGUUUUGUUUGACACAA